AUAACGGCAGACGACAACAGCAUAGAACUAGUUAAUACUUUUUUUGCGAACUUAUUUAGAAAAAUAUAAGAGCAUUUUAAUUCUACAGCCAGAAUGUCUGAAGUUUUUGUAACAAGCGAACGGUGCCGGUGUUGCUUAUCACAUAGUUCUAUUAUGACAAGUGUAUUUGAAACAAUACAAGAGUUUAGCACUCAGAUAAGGGAUUUGGUGUCUACCGCUGUUGGAGUUUGGGUUUUAGAGAAUGAUCAUUAUCCUAAAAGCAUAUGCGAGAGUUGCCUGAGCGAUUUGACCAUUGCGGUUCGUUUUCGGCAACGUUGUCUGAAGUCCGAGGAUAUCUUGAAAAAAACUAAAAAACCAAAUUUCCAGUUCAUGAUUAGCAUUCCGACAGAGCAAGUACCUACAGUUGACAAACUUUCGACGGCACAAAUCAAAAAAGAGACACCCGUUAUAGAUCCAAAUGUGAAUCAGCCUCCGCAGGAGUCCUCGGAACCCCAGCAGGACCGUUUAAACUUUCAAUGCGACAUCUGCAACAAGGACUUCCAACAGCAGUAUGAUUUGACGUACCACAUGAGAACCCAUGCUUCAGAUCGGCCUUUCCGCUGUGAUAUUUGCGGCAAUCGUUUCAUUAGGUGCAGUGAGUUAACGCACCAUAGACGGAGUCAUUUAAAUGAACGGCCCCGCAAAUGUGAGAUCUGCGGUAAAGAGUUUCGCAAGACGAGCCACUUGACGCAACACAUGCGUACUCAUACAGGCGAACGGAUGUUCAAGUGCGAUAUCUGCGGUCGAGACUUCCUCCGCAAUACGCACCUGGUUGAACAUAGGCGACUGCAUACCGGUGAAAGACCGCACAAAUGCGAAAUCUGUGGCCAGGAGUUUUCUCGCAGUACCGACUAUACACACCACAAGCGGGUACACGCUGGGGAGCGGCCUUAUAAGUGUGACCUUUGUGGGGAUGAAUUCUUCCGCUGUAGUAGUUUAACGUACCACCUGCGGAAGAAACACAAGCGAGAUCCGGUAAAAAAGGCGCUUGCAGCAUCAGCAAAUGCGGAAGUGACGGAUAUCACAACCGGUGCCGUUAAACUGGAAGACGGUGACCGGGACGAGGAACCAGUGCCAGUGAGUGUUUCGUUUCUCGUUAGGAUGAAUACAGUAAUCAAAAUAGAAGUUUAUGAUGACUCCGACGGUGAAAGUAAACCAAGCAUUCAUAUAAUCGACAUUGAACCUACGAAACUAGCCGAUUGGGAGCAAAAAUCAACAAACGAACGGAACGUCGAGACUGAUUUACGAUCGCAUAUCACCGGCUUUGAAACAACGUACGAAAAAGUUAACGACCACUUGGAAGUAAGUGUGCCGCCAGGACACAAUGUGCCACCGGAGGACACCCAAUGCGGGAAAACUUAUGAUAACACUUAUGACAAAAGUUUUGAAAUAAGUGAAACCUUCAACAACAAAAAACGUCAAGAAGUCAACCAAAAAAUCGAUGAUGGCCAUGAACAUGAGAAACGAAGACCGCCCAAGCGUAAAUGUAAGAAAUGUGGCAAAUAUGUAGCCAACCUAAUGCAGCAUCUUCUCAUUCAUACUGGUUCAAAACCGUACCAAUGCAAUAACUGUAACAAACGGUUCAAUCUCAAGCAAAACCUGUACCGACAUCAGCUUACUCAUACCGGUGUCCUGGCAUUCAAUUGCGACACCUGUGGGGAAGCAUUCAAAAGCUCCACCUUGUUAAAGUAUCAUUCCCGGAUCCACACCGGUGAUCUGUUGAAGUGUACCAUUUGCGACAAGGAUUUCAUCAUUCCUGCUGAACUAAAACGACACGUAGCGACUCACCAAGAGGGCAUGCUGGAGUGUGAUAUUUGUUUGAGGAAAUAUGCUGGCAAAGUUGGUAUACGAAAGCACAAGCGUCGGACGCACGGAAUAAAAGCAGACAAAGGGAGUAGUAGCACAGGUGCACCAGCAGAAGAUGAGUACGACUUGAUUAUGCCUGGUAAAGAAAGGUUUCACUGCGAUAAGUGUGGAAAAGUUUUUAGAUCGAAGGGAAGGUUGCUGCAGCAUUGCGAAACUCAUUUGGCUGAGAGGAGGGGAUCAAAGCAACCAAAAAAGUGUACCAAAGAAACGGAACAAAACUUAAUUGGGAGGCGACGUUACACAUGUGAUAAGUGCAACGAAUCGUUCACUUUCGUGGCUAGUCUCAAACGACAUCAACGGCAUUCGCCCAACGGUGACUGUCUGGUCAAAGGCAAUCUUGAAUAACAUGUUUAUCGGUGAUAACAGGAUGGUGCGAAACGGAACCCCCGUACUGGAGGAGUUAGUGAGUGUUGAAAAGGUAGAACCAGAUUUGAUGUGAUACGUAUGCAAAUAAACAUACAGACGUGAGA